UUUCUCCUCCUCGCCCUGCGGCCGCCGCUGCCCGCGAUGGUGGCAGGGCUAUUGGGCGGCGGCAGCGGCGGCAGGGGCCGCGGGGGGACCGUGUCGGGCGCCUGGCUGUGGCUGAUGGCGCUGCUGCAGCUGCUGGGCUCUGCGCCGCAGGGCUCGGGGCUGGCGCACGGCCGCCGCCUCAUCUGCUGGCAGGCGCUGCUGCAGUGCCAGGGGGAGCCGGAGUGCAGCUACGCCUACAACCAGUACGCCGAGGCUUGCGCGCCGGUGCUGGCGCAGCGCGGCGGGGGCGACGCGCCUGGGGCCGCCGCCGCCUUCCCGGCCUCUGCCGCCUCCUUCUCGUCGCGCUGGCGCUGCCCGAGCCAUUGCAUCUCGGCCCUCAUUCAGCUCAACCACACGCGCCGCGGUCCCGCCUUGGAAGACUGUGACUGUGCUCAAGACGAGAACUGCAAGUCCACCAAGCGCGCCAUUGAGCCGUGCUUGCCCCGGACGAGCAGCGGCGGCGCGGGCGGCCCGGGCGCAGGCGGCGUCAUGGGCUGCACCGAGGCCCGGCGGCGCUGCGACCGCGACAGCCGCUGCAACCUGGCGCUCAAUCGCUACCUGACUUAUUGUGGGAAGCUCUUCAACGGACUGCGCUGCACGGAUGAGUGCCGCACCGUCAUCGAGGACAUGCUGGCUGUGCCCAAGGCGGCUCUGCUUAACGACUGUGUGUGCGACGGUCUCGAGCGACCCAUCUGCGAGUCAGUCAAAGAGAACAUGGCCCGCUUGUGCUUCGGCGCCGAGAUGGGCAACGGCCAGGGCAGCAGUGGCUCAGACGGGGGUCUGGACGACUACUACGACGAGGAGUACGACGACGAGCAGCGCGCCGGAGGCGCAGGCAGCGAGCAGCUACUAGACGACGACGACGGUGUCCCGCGCCCGGGCGGCGGCGCUGUUGCAGCGGGUGACCACCGGGACGUGCCUUAUGGGCCCGGGCGUAGGAAUGGCGGUGGCCGUUCGGCGCCCAGAGUCGCCUGGACUCCGCUCGCCUCCAUCUUGCUGUUGCUGCUCUUGCAGCUCUUUUAGCCUUGGCGCCCCCCGCGGUUGACUUCUGGUGGGCAUGGGUC